CCAAUCAGCGCAUCGCAGUCCAAACAGCGUCUUCGGCGUCCCGGAGUAGUCAAAGGCAAAAGUGCACUGUCGGAAUUGGCCAUAAAAAAGUUGCGAAACCAGCCAAUUGCAAAAUGGAUCAACAGACUGCUCAACAGGAGCUGGAGGGACAGGGGGAGAUACCCUCUUCACUGCCAGGUUUUCAUCUUCCCAAGAGGCUGGAGGACAACUCUCCCUGCAGACAUGCAGGAGUGGGUCAGCGAGGCCUUUCUCCAGAGCCGUCGUGGCCACACUGCGCUGGUGACGCCAGUCAAGUUGUGGUGGUACCCACCAGCGCCCCCGGCUGCCCCACGCCAACCCCCGUCCUCCCCAGCCCUCUACUUUGCCCGUCCACUGUUCCUGUGGUUCCCCUACCACUUCUGGCACUGUGCUCUACUCUGCCCGCGGCCCGAAUGCUCCCGGCUGGGCCGCAAGCUGGCCGGGGCUGGGUUCUACAAGACAGUGCGGCGGGUGCUGGACAUAGACGGGUAUUAUUAUGUGGCAACAGAAUACUUAGAAUGCAACAACUGCCACACAAAGGUGGCGGCCUGGUCCAAGGAGGUGUUGGGGCAGCUGGACAGAUGCCUGCAGCUGCAGUUCCCGGCCAUCCUCACAUACAAGCUGGCUUGCGACAAGAAGGUGGUGAAGCUGCUCCGGGAGAAAACGGUUGGGCGUUCCGUCAAGGAUCUGCUCAGGUAUCUCUCAGAGCAGCAUCACCAGGCGUGGAUGAGCCGGUGCCUCCACUAUUUGACAGCCUGCAGCUUCUCCUCCACCUCCACCUCCACCUCCAUCUUCGCCUCCACCUCCACAUCCGCCUCCACCUCCACAUCCACAUCCACCUCUGCAUCCACAUCCACCUCCAGCCUCUGCUCCAGUGGGCAUCAUCCGGUACUGCCUCCGCCGCCGAUGAUCCCUCUGCCCUCGGUGGAAUGGCUGAGAACCUUCAUUGGAGUUCAGGAUGAGUUUGAGCACCUUCCUGGAGCCCUGAACAGGCUCUCCCAGAGGCUUCUAAAAAGGAAAUUGGUCGUAGGUGCAGAGCAGAGCUCAGAUGGGCCUGGUUGUGGCUCCUGCCCCAAGUGCCCUCAGCCUGCAGCACCCGAUGGCAUGUCUCCAACCCUGUAACUUGCUAUGAAUAAGAAGAUUGUCAAAGAAGAUUGUUAAAAGCUAUGAAUAAGAAGAUUGUCAAAUUGUCAGCUGGCAGAACUGAUGUCCGGAGCAUGGAUCCACACCUCAAGAGAGAUCGGUGGGAGGCACACUCUUCAGUGGCAGGUGCAGGUCGGCCAAUGGCUCAUGGCCGUUCCCCAGGCGACUUGAUUGGUCACUCUGUUCAUAGUGGCCACAUUCUGGGGUACGUUUCCCAAAACUAUAGUUGCUAACCUGUUAGCAACUUAGUUGGUUGGCAAUGGGAAAUUGCAUUGCAACCAAUAAAGUUGCUAACUAAGUUAGCAACUAUGGUUUUGGGAAACGCACCUGGGUGUUUUUUUUGUUGUUGUUGUUGUUUCUGGUGUUCCAUGCAUGUUGUGUUGAAAAACAUUUUACAUUGAAUUGUAUCUAUUUAUGACAUUUAGAACAUUAGC